AUGACACCUUCUGAGGCCCUGAUGGGAAUCGACCCCAUCCGACAAGUCCACCACCUCCCUGACAUACCAUAUCAUUGCUUCGACUCUGACAAGUCCGAGAACAUGCUGUACAUCCCUGAUGAGGCACAUCUGAUGGGACGAGAUUAUUUGGAUGAGCUGCGCCGGGCCAUGGAGGAUAAAAAGGUCCGACAGCACCUCAAGUUCGACAUUACAGACAGGAGGGACACGUACCCCAGGAUCCCCGCGGGUACUCUGGUGAUGGAACAAAGAGAACACCCAAGGCAAGAGAAAAUCCAAGUUCCUCUCGGAUAG